CUAGUCUGUCAGUUGCAGAGGAGAACCGUAACGUGAUUGUUGUGCAGCUAUUUUGUGUCUUUAGAAAAGUGAUUCUGUUGACGCAGUAGUGUCACUUUUUUACGGUUUAGGCAAAGGUGAAGGUGAACGCAUUGGCGACGGAAGCAACGAAAAUUUAGAAUUUAGUGCCAUUAUCGGAUACAUUCCCAUCGGUAUUGUCGAUCGGAAGUUAAUUCGCUAGCUGCGGCAACCGCCGGAAGAGGAAGUUGCAGCAAUUAAACGGUUGAGAUGUGAUUUUAAGCCGGAGAAAAAGUGGAUGAAAAUGAUGUCAUCGGCCAUGAUUAAAAGUGUUGUUUUCUUGUUUCACGUAGAAUGAUGGCUCAGUGCAGCAAAAUAUCGCAGUUUUUGCGAGGCUGAUGUUACUCUGUUAUAUGGAAUUCACUGAUAGUAAUAAUAAUUGGGAUUUUUCGCUAGGUGACAGUAAUUAUAACGUGAAUAUUGUUGCUGUUAUACAGACGAUUUUGUAAGCAGAGAUGUGAAUCCCGUUUUUUUGUUGCAUGAAGUGGCAAUACAUGCGGAAGACGUAGCUCGUAGUUUGUAGAUAAAGUAGCACAACAGCUGUGUUUUACUUGAAAAGUGGUGUAAAAAUAGAAGCGUAUAGUACUAGCAAAGUGGUUUACAUUAUUGAACCCAAGUUCACCAUCUGGGUGAUCCGAAUUGGAUUUAUCAGUGCGAACAAACUGACGAAAACGUCUUCGCGAUGGUGUUCGAGAGCAUUGUCGCCGACGUGUUGAAUCGGUUUGUCGGCGAAUAUGUGGAGAACUUGGACAAGAAGCAGCUCAAGAUUGGAAUAUGGGGAGGUGAUGUCGUAUUGAACAACUUGAUUCUGAAGCAAAGCGCCCUGAAGGAGCUAGACCUUCCGGUCAGCACUCUUUACGGACAUCUCGGAAAAUUGGUCCUGAAAAUCCCAUGGAAGAACCUCUAUAGUGCCCCGGUGGAAGCCAUAGUAGACAAGUUAUAUAUUCUAGCCGUGCCCAAUACCGACAUCCGUUACAAUGCCGAGAAGGAAGACAAAAACUCCUUCGAGGCGAAGAAAGCGGAACUGCUCCGUAUCGAGCAGGCCAAAAAGAUCGAGGAGGAUAGGGACAAACCCGUGGCGGAUAAAACGUUCACCGAAAAGCUGACCGCACAAAUCGUUAACAACGUGCAGAUUAAAAUUUCCGAUAUUCAUAUUCGAUACGAGGAUACCACCACAACGGGAUUCCCGUUUGCAUUCGGUGUAACGUUAAGCAACUUAAGCGUGCAUACCACCGACAAAAACUGGAUGCAAACACUUGUGUCCGAAUCCGUUACGAAAAUUUACAAAAUGGCCCAGAUGGAGAUGUUGUCAGUCUACAUGAACUGCAAUACCAAACUGUUCCAAGACCAAGAUCCGUCCAUGUACAAAGUGCUAUUCCAAGAAACGAUCGCUAGCAAGUGUCAAAAACCCGAGGGCUAUCACUAUAUCUUUGGACCCAUCAGCUCCGGGGCACGCUUGGAGAUGGUUCCAAACCCGGAAUCGGAAGAGAACCCCUUUUCAUCCCCAAAGAUAACCCUAAAUCUGCGCAUGGAAACAUUAGCAAUCGGCAUCACAAGGGUGCAGUUCCAGAACACAAUGCAGUUAGUUGAGGCUUUUGGGAGAAUGAUGCGUGCCAUGCCAUACCGGAAGUUCCGUCCCUAUGGAAUCGGGUACAAAAACAACUACAAAGAGUGGUGGUACUUUGCGUACACCUGUGUCCUGGAGGUGGAAGUUCGAAGGCGUCGUCGCAACUGGUCCUGGGAGAACAUGAAACGGCAUCGGGAUAAUUUGAAUCGCUAUGAAGAAGCGUACAAGGUGCAGUUGACGGCUAAAAAGCUGACCCCGGAGAUCACCACUCGUUGUGAAGACCUGGAGAGGGUGUUGGAUUUGCACAAUAUAAUCGUAAUCAGAAAGAAGGUGGAAUUUGAAGUGCAAAAGGAAGGAAAGAAACAAGAAGCGGAACAAAAAAGCGGAUGGUUUAGCUCUUGGUGGAGCGGAGGUGCCAAGAAGACGGACGACUCAAGUAACACUACAGAUAUAAAGAAACAGUUCGAAGCCGCCAUGACACCGGAGGAAAAGGCCAAGUUAUUCAAAGCAAUUGGCUAUCAGGAAAACGCAUCUCCGACAGAGCUUCCCGAGAAUUACGUCGCGCAAAGUUUGAAGUUCGAAUUGAAUUCUCUAGAGGUAUCGAUCAAAUCGGAAGUAUCGGUCGAUUCACAGGAGAAAUUGGGCAGUCCAAGUCGACUACUGGAACGGGUGAUGAUGUUGGAACUGAAGAACGUAACAUGUGGCGUUGAACAAAGACCUUCGGCCGGAGCAUUGAAAGCCGCGUUACAAAUGAAAGAGCUUACAAUUUCCGGAUUGAGACAAGGCGAAGUCCUUCCAAUAAUGGUCAAAUCCCAGCUGGAAGGAUCAGAUACCUUACUGGACGUUUCGUUUGAAACCAACCCAAUGGAUAAGAAAUGUGACCAACGAGUUGUGGUAACUUCACGACCGCUGCAAAUAAUCUACGAUGCAGAAACCAUCAUUCAAUUGACCAAAGUGUUUACGACUCCACGAACUGCCACCAUUUCUCAGCUCACGGAUGCCGCUGCAGAGAAGCUGGUAAACAUCAAAGAACGAUCGGCUACCGGUUUGCAGUACGCUAUUGCUAACCAUCCACGUUUGGAGUUGAAUGUGGACAUCAGCCCCAGUUAUAUAAUCGUUCCACAUGGAGGCUUGUUCUGUCAGCAAAAAUCAGUGCUAGUCGUUAGCUUAGGUAAAUUGGUGGUUCAAACAGAACCCCGUCCAAUCAAUCAGAAGGACGUUCACACAAUGCACGACGAAGGUGCCAGCCAGGAAGAAAUUCUACAAGAAAUUAUCCGCCAAAGCUACGAUAAAUUUGUUCUGGAAAUUCGCGACGUGCAGGCAAUUGUCGCCACUCAGGAAGAAGACUGGCAAGGAACUCUUCGUUUCAGUACGGUGACAGAGAUGCACAUCUUGGAGCCCACGUCGUUCCGAAUAUCCGCCCAUCUUUCCGUGCUUGAUGAUGAUCCAAGGCUUCCCAAAUGUAAAAUCUUUGGCGAACUACCGUCAGUGAAUAUUUGUGUCACCGAACAACGAGUGCUGGAAGCGCUUUCUAUUGUCACGAGUCUGCCUUUGCCGGAGAGCGAUGAAAUCCAACCUGCUCCGAUUGCAAAGGAUAGUAACGUGUUCAGCUCGAGCUUGUCCUUGUUGAAAUAUCUAGACGAGAAACAGCAAAAGUUGACCAAAAUUCAGCGACCGGUGGAUAAUUUGAAUACUUCCGAUGCGAUGGACGGCGAAGUUGUCCAAUUUAUUGAUUUGGAAGUGCGAUUUGUUCUGAAUGAAUGUUCACUUACAAUUUUCAAGAUAAGUGGGACAGGAAGUAGCUCUUCAGAAGUUUUUACUACUCCUACGGAGGAGUUCCCCCAGUCACCACUGGAGCAAGCCUUGAUGCAGCGGAAGAGUGUGACGUUCAAUGUCCCCUUCACUCAAGUGAAUUCCCAGAAAAUUGUCGCUUUUAAGGUGAAACAGCUGGAGAUGAACAUGGUACAGAGAACCUACGACCUGAAGGUGGCCUUGAAAUUGGGUGCCGUCACCUUAGAUCAAUUCCGCGUGAGAAACGAACAGGAAAAUAUACUUAAUGUGAUACAAACACCGAAGUAUGAGGACAACGAUGAUUAUCUAUUCACUUUAAACUAUACAAAUUGCAAGAAAAACAGUCCGGAGUUUACCACGAAAUACGAAUCUGUGGAACAGGAAGUCGGUAUAAACUUUUCCACCUUGGUGCUGUUGCUUCAUGAGGAGGCGUUGAAUGAAAUCAUUAGACUCGCAAAUGAUUUCCAAAUGCGUAUGGAAGCCGUCAUGAGCAGUAAGAAAGAACAAGACCAGCAGAAAUUUGCCCAGCGCGAUCGAAUCGCUACCAUCUACGAAGAGGAGAGCACCGCUUCGGUGCUGCUACACGCAGCGAAAGAGAAGCUGCCUACUAUCCUGGAGGACGAAACGGUCACCGCUGAACAGUCCAAUAAGGCUAAUCGUAAACGACUAUCAAUUGUAGACAGUAUUAAGAUCAGAGUGGAGGCCAAGCUAGAAGAUGUCACGGUGGAACUGCAGAACGAUAAACGUUCGAUCGCUGUCUUGGAGGUUCAAAAUCUAACAAGUAGCGCAAUUGUAAAGUCGUCCUAUACUGAGGUAAACAUCCGUUUGAAGGAUAUCGUCCUCACCGAUACGAAUCCUGCAACGAUCCACACAAAGAUUCUGUCGAUCAUCGGUGACAAUGCGCUACAGGUGCAAGUUAUACUGUUCGAUCUGGAGGCCACUUCGGACUACAAUUCGGACGACAUGCGUGUCGAAGUGACGAUGGGUUGCGCUCGGAUUGUGUUCCUAAACUGGUUCGUUACCUCGGUGUUGGCAUUUCUGGAUAACUUCCAGGCAGCGCAACAGCGAAUCAAGGAAGCCAGCGCGGCAGCAGCUGAAGCUGCCCGGAACAACGUCGUCGAAGCGUACACUAAAGCUACGCGCAUGAAGCUGGAUAUUAAGGUGAAAGCACCGAUCAUUGUUAUUCCUGUAGAUUCCAAAAGCUUGAAAGCGGUAGCUAUGGAUUUCGGGCAUUUGAGUAUAACGAACAACUUCCGAGAUAUUGCAACGGAGAAUGCCCACGGGCCAGCGGUGAUCGACGAGAUGAAGAUUGAACUGAAGGAUAUGAAGCUAUCGAAGGUUGAUGUUUGCCCGUCGGAGGAGAGCCAGAUGUCACACAUGUCGCGAUACGGAUCGGACGAUAUGAUCUAUGGAAUUGUGCCGGAUCAGAGUGCGGUGCUCAGUCCGACCAGUUUUACACUGAUCAUGAAAAGGAACCUUUCAUCUGGGUGGUACCGCGAUCGACCAGAUAUAGAUAUUUCUGGACGGCUGAAAGCGGUUGAGCUCAAUUUUAUUGCGACCGAUUAUAGCGUGAUUAUGCUGAUCCUUUCCAAGAAUAUGACGGAAGGCCAAAACGAGUUCAAGAAACCCGUGAUCAAGACUGAGAAGUCACCUACCAGUCCGCAAGUCAUUAACUAUACUACUUCCACCGCUGGCAUAUCUGCUCCCGAUGCUAAAACUAACUGGUCUGCCGUAGCCAAGCGUGCUACCGCCAAACCUUUUGGCGUGGACGUGGCUCAACUGAAAGCAAAGCAGGAAGCCGCAGCUCGGGAGAAGGAAGCUGCCAAGCAAAAGGUGGACACAUUCCUGAAGUUUAGCUUCCAAAUCGAUAGCAUCAAUAUUAAGAUGUUCACUGCUCCGGACCAAGGAUUGGCCGGUUUUGAGGUCUACUAUCUAUCACUGCAGGGGAAGAAGCUAACGGAUGGAUCUCUGAACACGGCUAUCAUUUUGUGUGACAUUCGGUUGGACGACAUUCGCCCGAACCGAGAGAACAUGCUGACACGGAUGAUGGAACGACGAUCGAAUAAUCCCAAGAUUAGCUUCGCCAGUGGAAGCGAUGAUGAAGAAACGGCUGCCCUAAUGGCUCCAAUACACUCUAUGAUCGAUAUUACGUUUAACAUGAAGGAGAACGACAUGUUUGCGGACGUGAAAGUGUCUAGUUUUAAUUUGAUUCUUUCCGUGGACUUUUUGCUCAAACUGCAACAGUUUUUGCAACCCGAAGAGUUGGUUGAACAGAAGGCGCUACAGGCAGCUGAAGAGCAAGCCAGACGGGAACGGAAAUCCAGCACUUCAAUUGCUCCCACGGAGAAAUCAGAAGUCGGUCUGAUGGAAAUUAAUAUCAAAAUCGAACAACCGGAUAUCAUUUUGGUGGAACAGAUGGACGAUAUCAACUGCCACGCUUUGAUUCUGAACAACGAAAUAUCGCUCAACGUGCGGUUAAUUGGAGAGCAUCAAGUUAUCAAAGGUGAACUCAACAACUUCUGCUUGUACUAUGCCGAAUUCAACCCGGAGCGUCGCAACGACACCAAACACUUCGUUAUAUAUCCCUGUUCGAUCAGCCUAAACGGCUCGACGCCCGAGGGCAAGGGACUGCAUCUGAGUUUGAAUUCGACCGAUAUCAAAAUCAGUGUUUCGCCGGCAGUCAUCGAACUGAUGAACAAUGCUCUGCAAACAUUGACGGCAAAUGAACAAGCCAAACUCGAUGAGACUCAAGCACCAGAGGAUUACAGUAGACUGUGGGACAUCAAAGGAUACGAUCCGGAUGAUUUCUGGUUCAUACGACCGGAGUUGGCCGAAGAUGCACUGAGUUUGGAGUCACUGCGGACGAUUGACAUCAAAGAGGAGAAGUGUAUGGUCGAAGUACCUUCCAUAUCGUUAAUCAUAGAAACGGGGUUGGGCAUCAAUACGAUUCCUAUGCUUUUCAUCGAAACCAGCAUGCAGGCAGAGGUUUCUAACUGGAGUUCGGAUAUGAAUAUUAGUAGCUCCCUGCGGUUAAGCAUGUCAUGCUACAAUCAGGCUCUGGCCCUAUGGGAGUACGUCAUUGAACCGAAUGAAGUGGAGCAGCCGAACGGAGCAAUCGAAAACGUACCAUGGGAGUUGACAUUUGAGCUCGAAGUGGAUCAUCAUGAGGAUCGUUCGAGGGACCCCACUACAAAAAUCAAUAUUGCCUCCAGAGACAGCUUGGAAAUGACUGUUAGCAAAACCUGUUUGGAUGUAUUCCAAAAUUUGGGGAAGGCUUUCUCCGAAGCGAUAAAGCGAGAAGGAAUAGUAAAGGCAGAAAUUGUAGCUCCAUAUACGGUUCAAAACGAUACCGGUCAGGACAUCAAAAUCAACUUUGUCAGAGGAGAUUUUCUGAUACAUUCCUCACAUUUGCAAUCAAAUAGGGUUGAUGAACUAAUCGCAAUCGAACAGACCGGUGAUCAGGAAGUAAGUAGCUGUAUAGUGAUGCCGAACGGUCGACUCCAUUUGGAGCCUCGAGAAAAAGACUGCGAUCUGUCGAUGUUGACUGUGAUGCAGGACAACGAAAAUAGUACUAAGAAAAAAUUCCUCAAAGUGAUCAUCGGGGAUACUGAGAAGGAACUGACGCUUCCGGUGUACAAAUCGGACAAGCGUUACUUCCCUGUUUACCGAAAAACCGAUCAAGACCCAUGGGCCAUCAUCUCCGAAGUGAAGAUCGAUCACGGUGCAACGGUCGUAGUGCUGCGAGGAAUCGUUCAAAUUUACAACCACUUCACUGCCCCGAUCUACGUUCAUCAGUACAUUGAACACGAGAAAUAUUUUGUUGGCGAAGUUCGCCCGGGCGGAUUUUUCAACGUGCCUCUGUAUUUCCUGUACAACCAUAUGGAUCUUCACUUUUCGAUGAAGGGUUACCACUCAUCGGCUCAAGGAAUCAGUUGGAAGGAGUCGCCUAACAAUUUAAAUCUCAUCAAGUCGCUCCAGUGUGAUCCUAUCAGAACAUUUGAGCCGUUCUAUAUCAAUGCCGUUCGCGAACGUCACGAUGUUUUCCACGAGGUUACAUCGAAGCACACGAUGAUGAGUGCAUGCUUCGAGAUUCACCUGCGGCCACCGUUGAUGCUACGCAACGCAUUACCCAUAGGGUUGACCAUUUCUGUGGCGGGUUGUUCCGUUCGUAGGGAACUAGAAGCCGAUAUCGUCACCAGCACCGAGAGUCUUUCCAACGCUUCGACCAUUGUUGGCGAAGACUACCUGGAUUAUGGCGAGAAGCUACUCCGACCGGGUGAGCUUCUGCAUCUUCCGACAGUGAAAACGGCGGCCCGAUCGGCUACGGAAACAUCCUACAUUGUGGCCAGGCUCGUGAAUUAUUUGGAAAAGGAUUGGUCGUGCACAACGGAAAUUCCAGCACAACCACCGGAAUUCGGCGUGUGGACGUUCAAUGCCUAUGAUUCGGUGGAAGUGAUGUCGCUCCAGCUUGGUGUUAAAUACGAAAAUCGCACGGAUGGAUUGACGUUGAUUGUGUAUUGUCCUUUCUGGAUGCUCAACAAGACGGGUUUGAUGCUGAGCUACCGGAAAUCGCGUAAAACCGAGAAGAAAGAGUUGGCCGGCAAAAACACCACUUACAAGCCCAACGAUGAGAAUACCAACAUCCUCUACCACCCACCGGAGUACGAAGGACCGAUUUUGUUCUCGUUCCGCGAGAAGGCAUUCUUCGGCAAAAAGAAAGCCGCCAUCCGGGUGGACACCGGCGAAUGGAGCGAGAAAUUUUCGCUGGAUGUGGCGGGGUCUAGUGGGGUCAUCGACUGCCACGCAAACCACAUGACUUAUCAGAUUGGAGUCCACAAUACCCUGACGCAUAAUUCGUUGACGAAGCAGAUCGUGUUCAUGCCGUACUUUGUUCUGAUCAAUCAGGCCGACUUCGACAUAGAAGUGCAGGAACAUUUGCGUCCGGGAGAUCCUUGGACCCGAGUCAAAGUGAACGAUUGUGUCCCGCUGUGGCCCAAAACGGAAGACAACCGAAUGCUACGUGUAAAGGCAGCUGAUCAGUCGCAAAUUACGGCACCCUUCAAGUAUACUGAAGUGCAAUGUACUUUGCUACAGCUGAAGAAUCGCUACGGAGGAAUCAACGUGGACGUGCACGUAACGGAAGGGGCUAUCUACAUUACGUUUACUGGUUACCAUCCGGGUGAUGCUCCCGCAAUGUUGAUCAAUCAUACGGUUGAGGAAUUUGCCUUCAAGGAGAAGGGUGACGUAAAUGGAAAGAUAUUGAUGCCAAACCAGAUGGUGUUGCAUACCUGGGUCAAUCCUGCUGGUGAAAGGAAAAUUGUUUGGGAUAGCGGCUCCAAGUUGGUUUCAAUUGAUAACGAUUUGCGACGUGAUGACAUUAGCGAGUUCAAAUCUCCAACGGAUAAAGAUAUCUAUUGGGUGUCGUUCUUGAAUGGUACACAGCGAGUGCUAUUGAUCACUGACAACGCAAAUAUCGCUUAUGGAGUGCACAGUGCUAGUCGAUUGGAUCAGGUUACACAGGAAAUAAAACUGGAAAUACACGGCGUGGGUUUGUCCCUGGUGAAUAACGUAAUUCAAAGCGAUUUGAUGUAUAUUGGCAUCGCAAGCUCUGGCGUGAUUUGGGAGGAACGCAAACGUUCCGGUCGCUUCAAACAGAUGAAAAUCCAGGAAACAUACAACGUCGAAAACCUUUAUCAGCAAUAUCUUAGAGAUGUGGAAGUUGGCGCUGCAUCAAAUAAGAAGUACUACCUCGAAGGUGAACGACGAGCGGAGAUAGACUUUUUCAAUCGCAUCAUCAAAAAGUCCACAGAGCGACCAAUCAAGCGAACCUUCUAUCCGGGUCUGUGGUUCGAAAUUAAAUCGUCGUCUCAUCAGAUGCAGUUCCACGCGAAGAUAAACCGCAUCCAGAUCGAUAAUCAGCUGGCGGAUUGCAUUUUCCCUGUGGUGUUAGCUCCGAUUCCGCCACCGAAAAGUGUAGCCGCCACAACCGAGUUCAAGCCGUUCAUUGAGAUGAGCAUGGUGCAACGAAUUAUUCCGCACUCGAAUGUCAAGCAGUUCAAGUACCUGCGCGUCUUGAUGCAGGAAUUCCACGUCAAGGUGGAUUUGCUGUUUGUCAAUGCUAUCUUCGAGAUGAUCAGCACGGAGAUCACGGAAGCUGAGGCGAAACGAUUAUUCACGGAAGAUCUGAAAGUACAAACGCAACCGCUUCACGCACACGUGGCCAUCCAAUCGCAGGCGGAAGUAAAGAACUUUUACGACAAUCUUCACUUGGGCCCGUUGAAGAUUCAUGUGAGUUUUUCGAUGGCCGGAUCGGAAUCGAAAGCUCUGCCGGGGAUUCUUUCGACCAUUCUCCAAGGCGUGGGCGUCACACUCACCGAUAUCAACGAUGUAGUAUUUCGAUUGGCGUUCUUUGAGCGCGAGUUCCAGUUCCUGACGCAGCGCCAGCUGGUGUCGGAAUGCGUGACGCACUAUAGUGGCCAAGCCGUCAAGCAGCUGUAUGUGUUGGUGCUGGGAUUGGAUGUUAUCGGAAAUCCGUACGGUUUAGUGGUAGGGUUCACAAAGGGUGUCGAGGAUCUGUUCUAUGAACCAUUCCAAGGGGCUAUUCAAGGGCCGGGCGAGUUUGCCGAAGGGCUGGUACUCGGUGUACGGUCACUGUUUGGACAUACGGUUGGAGGGGCGGCCGGAGCUGUUUCUAAAAUUACCGGAGCCAUGGGCAAAGGCUUGGCUGCUCUCACGUUUGACGAGGAUUACCAGAAGAAGCGACGAGAUGCUUUGAACAAGAAGCCAGCCACACUGCAGGAAGGCAUUGCUCGCAGCGGUAAGGGGCUGGUCAUGGGAGUGUUUGACGGGGUGACAGGCGUUUUCACCAAACCCAUCAGUGGAGCCAAGGAGGAAGGAGUCGAAGGGUUCUUCAAAGGAUUGGGAAAGGGGGCGGUGGGUUUGGUGGCUCGUCCCAUUGCCGGCGUGACCGAUUUUGCCAGUGGAAGCUUCGAUGCGGUCAAGAGGGCUACCGAACUGUCCGAUGAAGCUGCUCGAUUAAGGCCUCCUCGGUUCCUGCACAAGGAUGGCAUUGUUAGACCGUACAACAAAAAAGAGGCAGAGGGGAAUAAACUACUGAAGGAUAUUGACAAGGGGAAAUUUACUGCGACUGAUACGUUUGCGUACUACGAGACUGUUAUUGACAAUAAAGAUGUUGUACUUCUGACCGAUUGCCGUAUUAUCUAUGCUACGAAGAGUGAUUUAUUUGGUGGUUGGCAGUGUGAAUGGACCCACCGCUGGGCGGAAAUAUUGAGCAUUUCCGUGCUGAAUGACGGCAUCGAGAUGAUUUUGCGGAGCAAGGAUGGAAAGUCAGCCCUGAAGAAAAUGUUCGGUUCGUCUGGCCACCAAAAGAAGAUUCUGCUUAUACCGGUCGCAUACCGUCGCAACCGUUUAGCCGAAGUGAUGGAACGUCUGCGGCAGCGCGCCGAGUGAUAAAUGAUGAGGCGAUCGCAAAAUCUCAUGGUGUAAUAGUCUAGUCACAUUUGCCAGUUAGAUCAAUUCGUUGACCGAAUUAUCAUCGAUCCAUAAAUCCACUAGAACGCUUUAGCUUGUACCAUGAUUGAUUAUAUAGAGCUGUUGAAUUUAUAAUCGGUAGAAUUUAGCAAUUACAUAUUUCAAUGCAGAUCAUCUGUCGCUGAAUAAAUGGAGGUGAUAUUUAUUCCAGUAAUAUCAAAGAGAAACA